AAUAACAAGAGGAGGAGCAGCCCAAUGAUGGAACCAGACCCGAGCACCGACCGACAAAAGGGGGAAGGAGAAGGAGGGACUAGGUUUCGGUGGGAACAUUCCUACAGUAACACGUAUACCGCCAGUUGUUACUCAAAUAACAAAAUCAUGGCAACGUACGGUACAACUUUCCCCUCUUUUUUUUUUUUUAAUGGGUCAAAAGUCUCAUCCCAUAAAAGCUUUCCUUUUAUUUUUAUUUGCUCCCCCGCUUCAUUUAUUUAUUAUUUCAAUUUUUUUUUCUUUUUUUGUUGAAAUAAUUUAGUUGGUAGUUGAUAGUAAAUAUUCACUGCCCCUGCCGGUAUCCUAAAAUUGAAGGCUAUCUAUCUUUCUCUCUCUCUCUCUCUCUCUCGCUCUCCUGGAAACAGAGAAGAGGAUCUUUCAUCCAUUGUCCCGGAAAUACUGGAGGGAACGCCCGAUCCGUUUAACUGCAAACUUAUUUCCCUUUCACGAUUUCCCCGCCACCUCCUUCCUCUUUAGAUCUAGGUUUUUUUCUCCCUCUUUUUCUCUUUGUUUAUUUUUAAUAAAACCCAUUCUUUUUACUUUUACCUGUAGUUUUUUAUUCUAUUCUUUUCGAUUCGAUUUGCAUUCGUUUCGAUCGGAGAAAGGUCGAUUAGUUUCUCUAUAUUUAAUGCUCCAGGUUCUUUAAAUUUCGAUCAACCACAAAAAAAAAAAAAAAGGAAGAAGAAGAAGAAGAAGAAUUGAAGGUCAAGUAGAGGUGGGUGAUGAAAUUAGGGUAAAGAAUUAGGGAUUUCUUUUUCUUUUUUUAAGGAAGCGGGGGAUAUGCAGAUGGAAAGGGAGAGGCGGAAUAGCAUUGCAAAUGGUGACUGCAGUUAUAACACGAAUGGCAAUUAUAGUAAUUUUUGCAAUGAUUAUAGUGUUUUAGAGAAAGAAAAGAAUCAUAGUUUGCCGGCUUCGUCUUUACCCGGUGCCGGUUUCAUUGAACAUCCCGUUUCCCGGUUCGAUACUCUAGCCGGCGUCGCCAUCAAGUACGGGGUCGAGGUAGCUGACAUAAAAAAGAUGAAUGGUCUGGUUACAGAUCUUCAAAUGUUUGCUCUUAAGUCACUCCAGAUCCCUCUACCGGGGCGGCAUCCGCCAUCGCCUUGUUUGUCAAAUGGUUCUGAAACACCAGGACAAUGCAGUGCCAACCAAACCCCAGCCCAACAUUUUCCUCCUGAUUUGCUUGACUCAUUCCAGUCAUUGAGACUGAAGACUCCUCCUCGAAGGGUCUCCCCAGCAAUGAGCUCAUUACAAGGUUACUAUGGCCUUAAACCAGCAGAAAAAAAGAUGAAGUAUGAAGGUUUUGAGAUGGCAGUAUAUAGGAAAGGAGAAGCUCAUUAUCUGGAGGAUGGUCCAUUCCUUAAACCCUCCCCUCCUUCCAACCCACCUUUGAAUCAUCAUCGUAAAGAAGGUGAAGCUGAUAAAUCGAAUGAGAAAUUGAUCAGAAGACGGCAGAAAUCUGAGGCUGACUUUACUGCCCGUACCCCAGAGAAGCUGUUGAAGGAGGAUAACACCAGCAGCGGAGGAUUUUCAACAAUAACAGCAAAAGGCUUGGCACUGAGAUCUAAAGCAGCAAGCCGCACUGUUUCUGGAGCUGAUGCUGAGGUUGCUGGGAUCAAUCCGAUGCCAGUAGGAUUUGGAGAUAGUUAUGUGGUCGAUGGAUUUUCUGUCGUGAGGAAGUCGUCGAGCACAUCGAGUUUGCAAGAUCAGGACAGUAAUAGUUUGUCAUCCCUCUGGCCAGCAGCGUCCAAAUGGGGUUUGAAGCCUGAUUUACAAGCACUUUCAACUGUAGCCAUUACAAGACCUAUUUUUGAUGGAUUGCCAAAGCCAAUGUCGGGUCGUAAAAACAAAACCGCGCUUGAUUAACUCCCUUCGCCUGCAUCACAGUCCCAUUUACAUUAUCAAUUUUUGACUACAAUUUGUGAGGCCUGCAAUUGCUAGCUCUUGAGAAGUAUAUAUAGAUAGAAAGAGAAAAUAAGAAAAAAAGAGUUCAAUAAUACAAUAGUUUCCCCUAGUUUAUUUGAAAUUGUCGAUAUAUAAUAUAUAUAUAUAUAUGUAUUAUGUAAGUUGUGUAAUUUAUUGUUUGGCUUCACUUUUAACCAAAUUUUAAAUGCAAGGUAUGGUGGGUGAGUGCCGAUCCUGUUUCUUUGAA